CCUCCAGGCGACCCAUACAUACAUCUGCUACUCGGCUCAGCACCUCACGCAGCGGGGCUAACUUUAUCAUUCACGCGUCUCAUGGUCUCCGCUGACACCAGUCAAAAUGCGUUUACCUUGGUUUAUCAUCUGCCUAGUAUUGACUGUGUGGUGUGCGGAGGGCAGCGAUGUGCUCGAGCUCGGAGACUCUGACUUUGACCGGAGCGCAGCCGUGCACGAGACUCUGCUAGUGGAGUUCUUCGCACCUUGGUGUGGUCAUUGUCAGCGGCUCGCUCCGGAAUACGAGGCUGCUGCCACAAAACUGAAAGGGACGCUGUCUCUGGCAAAGGUUGACUGCACUGUGAACUCCGAGACCUGUGAACGUUUUGGAGUGAAUGGAUACCCUACCCUUAAAAUCUUCCGCAAUGGAGAGGAAGCUGGAUCUUAUGAUGGACCCAGAACAGCAGAUGGCAUUGUGAGCUACAUGAAGAAGCAAGCAGGCCCAAGUUCUGUGGCUCUGCACAGUGAGGCAGAUUUGGAUUCUUUUGUUGACAACUACGAGGCCAGUGUGGUGGGCUUUUUCUCUGGGGAAGAUAGUGCACAACUUGCAGAGUUUCUAAAGGUCUCCAGUGCCCUGAGGGACAGCUAUCGAUUUGCUCAUUCCACUGAUGUGGGAACAGGCCUGAAAUACGGGGUAGAUGAAGAGUGUGUUCUGCUGUUUCGUCCCCCUCGCUUAAACAGCAAGUUUGAGGACAAUGUGGUGAAAUACACAGAAUCAGUUUCGAUCUCCUCUCUCCGUACAUUCAUCAGAGACAAUGUAUUUGGUCUAUGUCCACAUCUAACCACAGAAAAUAAGGACAAUCUGAGAGGAAGUGACCUGCUUACAGCGUAUUACAAUGUAGAUUACUUACGAAAUCUCAAAGGCACAAACUACUGGAGGAACAGAAUAAUGAAGGUGGCGACACAGUUCCAGGAUCGAGGUCUGAGUUUUGCAGUGGCAGAUCGACAGGAGUUCCAGGAUGAGCUUGAGGAGGAGUUUGGUGUGGGUUCGUUUGAGGGAGGAGACAUUCCCCUCGUCACCAUCCGGACCACUGCGGGACACAAGUACUCCAUGCGGGAAGAAUUCUCGCGAGAUGGCAAGUCCUUGGAGAGGUUCCUAGAGGAUUACUUUGCUAAAAGAUUGAAACGAUAUGUGAAGUCUGAACCUGUUCCAGAGUCCAACGAUGGCCCUGUCAAGGUCGUGGUUGCUGACACAUUUGAUGAGAUUGUGAAUGAUCCAGAGAAGGAUGUGUUGGUUGAGUUUUACGCUCCCUGGUGUGGCCAUUGCAAGAACCUGGAGCCCAAAUACAAGGAGCUUGGAGAAAAGCUCUCUGGGGAUCCAAACAUCGUCAUUGCUAAAAUGGACGCCACAGCUAAUGAUGUGCCUCCAAAUUAUGAUGUCCAAGGAUUUCCAACCAUUUACUUUGUGCCCUCUGGACAAAAAGACCAGCCACGGCGAUAUGAGGGUGGCCGUGAGGUUAGUGACUUCAUCACCUACCUGAAGAAAGAGGCCACAAAUCCGCUCAUCUUAGACGAAUCAAGGGAUGAACUGUAAACAGACAUAAAGAUGCUGAAUUUAGCAGGUGGAGAAAUGCACCGACCCACACUGAACUUCAGCCAAAUAUGUCACACGCAGCUAUUCUUCACAUCCAUUGGGAUCAUCAAAGCACAUGAUAAAAUUCAUCACUUGUAAAAUGUUAGUCAGUACACAACUGGACACAUGAUAAAGAAUGUAGUUUACUAUAUUUAUAGUUAAAAUACUGUUUUUACAUCAGUUAUUAUUUAAUAAUCUGCUGCCAAGUUGCCCUAGUUUUCUUUUACUGUCUUUUAUAACAAAAUGCACUGCAUAUGUGAAAUAUGCUAAUUUCCUGUCUCUAUAUUUAAAGAGAGACUGUUUAUAGGUUACUUAUCACAUACAUGUUAUGGAAGCAUCCCAAAGUGUUGACUGAAUGCUUUUAUUUAAGUUAAGAGGAUUCACUGCUCGCUGGCUUGUUUAGUUUACAAAAUGUUGAAAUGUGUUACUGUGUUGGUACUUUAGUUACACAAUCCCUUCAUAGUCCACUCAGAUAUUACUAUAAAACUUUGUUUCAAGUCUAUAGGAUGUGUUAGAGAUUCUGUAAGCAGUUGACGACUGUAUAAUAACAGUCUGUGAAAAGAGUUGGGGUGCCUCUACUACCUCCUCAUGCCUGUCUUAUCAAAUCAAACUUCUGUAAGGGCUUAUCUUGGAUCGCAUCCUCCAUCCACACACUUGAGGACAUGAGAUGUUAACAACUGUCCCAGGCUAGUAAUCGUUUAGAAGUUUGACACUUAUUUCUUGAACUGUUUAUGUAAUCACAAAGAGGAGUGUUUUGUGUUUGCAGACACAAUAAAGAAAUGGACAGACACCUUA